AUGAACGGUGAAACGAAUGCCCAGCGAGCCAUCGGGGAACAACAACAACAGCAGCAACAGCAACUGUUGGCCUCCGCACAUGCCGUUCCGCUUAGCUUUUUAAUGCCCACGGGUGACGCGGUGAGCCUUUCCGAUCUUGAGCUGCAGCAACAUCAAGCCAAAAUCUCACAAGCUAAUCGUCAGCAGGCAUAUUUACAGGCGGCACAGUCUUCCAAUCAAUACUUCACAAACCUUCACCGGCAGCCGUCACCCCCUCAGUUGCCUGUGAGUCAUCCUGCGGCAGCUGCUUACUAUGCCAGCAUUUCUGUUCCUGAUCAGUUGCAGUUACACAAGGCUAGGCUUCUGCAAAUGCAGAAGCUUCGAUCCCAACCGAAUUCGCCUAUGCUGGUGAAUUACCCUCCCAGCAGUCCCUCUCGAUGUCUGCAGUUAGCUGUUCCCUGA